UCCAGAAAGAAAAGAAAAGAAAAAGAAAAAGGUUUAGAGUGCGACUUUUUGUAGUUACGAAUCUUAAAAAAAAACUUGCAUCUAUACAAGAUCUUUGUGUGUGUUUGUCGGUCGCUCUGAAUUUGAUUCAUACAUACUGCCGGAAAAAUGGAUUCAACAUCAGGGUCAGAGUUUGAUUAUUUAUUCAAGUUGUUGAUGAUUGGGGAUUCAGGUGUUGGUAAAAGCAGUCUUCUUUUGAGUUUCACUUCUGAUUCCUUUGAAGAUCUUUCUCCUACAAUUGGGGUGGAUUUUAAGGUCAAGCAUGUUACAAUUGGAGGGAAGAAACUAAAGCUGGCUAUCUGGGACACUGCUGGGCAGGAGAGAUUUAGGACUCUAACCAGCUCAUAUUAUAGAGGAGCCCAAGGAAUUAUAAUGGUUUAUGAUGUUACCCGGAGAGAGACAUUUACAAAUCUGUCUGAUAUAUGGGCAAAGGAAAUUGAUCUGUAUUCAACGAAUCAAGAUUGCAUCAAGAUGCUUGUUGGCAAUAAAGUUGAUAAGGAAAAUGAAAGGGUUGUCACAAAAAAAGAGGGCAUUGACUUUGCAAGGGAAUACGGAUGCCUUUUUAUUGAAUGUAGUGCCAAAACACGGGUUAACGUUGAGCAGUGUUUCGAAGAACUUGUUCUGAAGAUUUUGGAUACACCUAGUCUGACCGCAGAGGGGUCAACCACUGUGAAAAGGAACAUAUUUAACCAAAAGGCUCCAGAGUCGGAUGCAUCAACUAGUGCAUGCUGCUGAAGUUGAAGUCGGUCUAUAAGCUUCUUCGUUGUUUCCAUGUAUCUUUUUGAGUUCUUAUGGUUGUGUAGGAGAAUGAUCGAUCAUGAAUGUAAAUUUCGACUUGUGGGAUGUUGCGUGUACUGAACUUAACCAAAUACAAGUGUUUUCUCUCUAAAAAAGGUCCCUCUGUUAAGUCUUGUGACGCUUGUUUUGGUCUAAUAAAACUCUGAAAGUUAAUCA